GCUACUCUGUUGCUUCUUUGAAACCGCUUUCUCUUCUGGUCACCCACCCAUUGAAAAACCAAACCCAUCCAUCUUCUCCUUCCCAAUUUCUCACUUCCUUCAAAUCUGUAAUUCAAAGCUAGGGCAAGCAAGCUAGAGUUGGACAAAGAUGAGCGUCAUCGAGCUUCUGACGAGAGUCGAGGCGAUCUGCAACAAGUACGACCGAUACGACAUCGAGAAGCACAAGGACUCCAACGUCUCCGGCGACGAUGCCUUUGCUCGCCUCUACGCCUCCGUCGAUUCCGACAUUGAAGCCGCUCUUCAGAAAGCGGAGCUUGCUUCGAAAGAGAAGAGCAGGGCAUCUGCAGUUGCUCUGAAUGCCGAGAUUCGACGGACCAAGGCUCGAUUAUUGGAAGAGGUUCCAAAGUUGCAGAGGUUGGCUCUAAAGAAGGUUAAGGGGCUUUCAUCUGAAGAGUUUGCAGCUCGUAAUGAUUUGGCUCAUGCAUUGACAGAUAGGAUCCAGGAUAUACCAGAUGGCACUCCGGCUGCUCCAAAACAAAGUGGAGGAGGUUGGACAGCUUCAGCUUCUCGUACUGAAAUCAAGUUUGAUUCCUCUGAUGGACGGUUUGAUAAUGAAUUCUUUCAACAAACUGAGGAGUCCAGUCAAUUCAGGAAUGAGUAUGAAAUGCGGAGAAUGAAGCAGGAUCAAGGUUUGGAUGUGAUAUCAGAAGGUUUGGAUACGUUGAAAAAUAUGGCUGGUGAUAUGAACGAGGAAUUUGAUCGGCAAGUUCCUUUGAUGGAUGAGAUUGACAGUAAGGUGGACAAGGCAUCUUCUGACCUUAAGAAUACUAAUGUUAGAUUGAAAGACACUGUCAACCAGCUGAGGUCCAGCCGGAAUUUUUGCAUUGAUAUUGUAUUGCUGAUUAUCAUUUUGGGCAUUGCUGCCUAUUUGUACAAUGUUUUGAAGAAGUGAGAUGGCAGUUUAACCUGUUCAGGAGUUAAUGGUUGUGUGGCAUUGUUGCACAUGAGGACUCGCUUUGGUGUUUGUUAUAUAUAGCAUUUGAUGUUCAGUCAUGCUUAAAGUCUUUAUAGACUCUAGUACGAAUGAAUGUUGUGUUUUUUAAGUACAUCAGUCAUGUUUGUAACUUUUACUGCAGCUUAUUGUGCGCCCUACCCCGAGUCUGUUCUUACUCUUUCUGAUUCCUCGAGUUCAAUUCUUUUAAAACCUUUGUUAACCCUGUUAAUAGUUUGGAAUGACAUCUUUGCUUCAACU